AUGUUGACGGCAGACUGGGUACGUGCAUGUCGGGUACACUGGGUAAUUCUCGUUUUCACAUUACUAGGUGACACGGCCGGGGAGACGGACGAUGGUCGACCGGCGUGUCAGGCGCGAGGGUGGAGAGAGGUAGAGGCGGAGUAUAUUCGGUAUCCUAUAUGCGCGGAGACUCGAUGGGGAGGAGGAGAGAAGGCGAUAAGACAGGAUGGAGAGCCAACGCCUACCGAGGAGGAGGUUACUGUGACUGUCUCUAUGUCUAUGGAGUCGGCUACGUCUUCGAGCACCGCUGUCGAUAGGUCUGAUGAGAAACCCGAUCACGAACUCGACACCGAUUCCCCGCUUGACAAUGCGAAUUUCCUCUCGUUUGAGGAUUGGAAGAAACAGAAUCUCGCCAAGGCAGGGCAGUCGGCGGAGAAUGUGGGUGGACAUCGGAGGGCGGAUGCAGCGCACCAAGAAAACAGAAGGAGACCGACGGGGAUAAACAAUGCGUUGGAUGCUCUGGGAGAUGACACGGAGAUUGAACUUGAUUUUGGUGGAUUUGGGGCUGACACGCCCGAGGCUGCGAAGCCUACGUCCUGGGGAUCGAGGGUUUACGCGGAUAAUAAUGUGGAUGAUGCACAUCAGAGGGAUGGGGAGGGUGGUACUGCUGACUCUGCUGUGCAGGGAGUACCACUAGCUGGUGCAUCGCGCAGGAGAGAUGCUGGUACGACUUGCAAAGAGCGAUUCAACUAUGCCUCGUUUGACUGUGCUGCUACGGUGUUGAAGACGAACAGCGAAGGGAAAGGGUCGUCGUCGGUUCUGAUUGAGAAUAAAGACAGCUACAUGCUCAACGAGUGUCGGGCUAAGAACAAGUUUCUCAUUUUGGAACUGUGCGACGACAUCCUGGUUGACACCGUUGUCCUCGCCAACUACGAGUUCUUCAGCUCGAUUUUUCACACGUUUCGAGUCAGCGUGUCGGAUCGAUACCCGGCCAAGCUUGACCAGUGGAAAGAGUUGGGAGUCUACGAGGCGAGAAAUACCCGUGAGGUUCAAGCCUUUGCGGUUGAGAACCCGCUCAUCUGGGCGAGGUAUUUGAAGAUUGAGUUCCUCACGCACUACGGGAAUGAGUUCUUCUGCCCUCUCAGUUUGAUCCGAGUACACGGGACCACCAUGAUGGAGGAAUACAAGCAUGAUGGCGAGGUUGGUCGAGUGGAGGAUGAAAUUGCUACCGAGGAUUUGGAGCCUGCUACUGUGGCUGUUGAUUCAGUAACGAAUCGUGAUUUAGAUACACCUGGCCCCGUCGAGGUAGCAACUCCGCCUGCUGAUGAACCGAAAACGAAGUCAGAGGCUCAGCCGGCGACUUGUCUGGCUCAUGGCCCUGAUAUUGAGGCGCUUCUGUUGAAGGGUCCAUUUGGAGCCAUGGAUACAUGUAGCCUUUAUAUUGGACCAGCUGAAGCUGCUGGGUUUGAAGAGUUCUCUGACCCGGCCUCAACUAAUUCAGCAACGAACGAUGUUACUGCCUCCAGCGCAGAUCAUUCGGUGCCUGUAUCUCCUGGCUCAGAGGUGCAUGUAAGGGAGACGGCUGGUGUUCAGAAACCGAGUUCUGGACCGGCUGGGGUUAGCAGUUCGACAUUUUCAUCCACGUCGGUUCCAGAAACCGGACAGCAAAAUGAAACCGCAGAGACAGAAAUUAAAUCUACUAUCGUCGCAAAGGAAGAGAACAAUCCUGCCCCGGAAUUGAUCAGGCCUUCUGCCACGCAACCGCCCUCUUCGAAUCCAACCACGCAAGAGUCGUUUUUCAAAUCGGUCAACAAGCGGUUGCAGAUGUUGGAGUCGAAUUCGACUCUAUCGCUGCUUUAUAUUGAAGAGCAGUCGCGUAUUUUGCGUGACGCAUUUAGCAAGGUCGAAAAGCGGCAGCUGGCGAAGACUUCUACAUUUUUGGAGAACUUGAAUGUGACUGUUCUGAAUGAACUGAAGCAGUUCCGGGAGCAGUACGAUCAAGUCUGGAGGGCAGUGGCCUUUGAGUUUGAGCACCAGCGCAUGCAAUAUCACCAUGAGGUUUUCUCGCUGAGUGCGCAGUUGGGUGUUCUAGCAGAUGAGCUGGUCUUCCAGAAGCGGGUGGCCGUGAUCCAAAGUAUUAUGGUUCUGUUCUGCUUUGGCCUCAUUCUCUUCUCUCGCGGCGCGGUGAGCAGUUACAUGGAAUUCCCCCGUGUCCAAAACAUGGUCUCGCGAUCGUACAGUUUCCGAUCGUCGUCUCCGGGUUUUGGCUCUCCAUCUGUGAGCCCAAGUUCUACCCGACCUACGUCCUCAUACAGAGGGGGCAAUGGCCACCGGAGGAAUCUAUCCGACGAUUCUCAGGGCGACGCACCCCCUAGUCCAACAGUGGAAUAUUCCCCGCCAACACCCGUGUCAGAUACCUCGAUUCAACCAGAGCAGACAGGGAACCAUGAAACAUCUGAUAGUCUGCAAAUCCCGAGUCCGGAGCCGUCACAUGUCCGAUCUCGCAGCAGUCCGCCUGUUUUGAAUGGCUGCGAUGGAGAUGUUGACGCAGAUGGUAGUUCGCAAUCCGGGCUGUCCAAUAAUUCUGACCUGCACUUGUCGAUCCCUACAUGA